CACUGCUUUGCACUUAGCUAAGGUGUUGCGGAGAUGUCAGUCCUUGCAAACAAAUUAACAUGGCUGUUUGUUUUUGCAAAACUCAUUGAGAACUUGGAGGCCUGUCAUAAUUCAGGAACUUCGUUCAAACUGUCGGACGGAAUUGCCGUAUUUCUGGGCAACCACACUGGUAGAGUUGAGUUCAAUGUGACACAACCAAGGACGGUAAAGAUAGUGGGUUCGAUUGACGGAUUUGAAAAAGGAAAAAUGCACGGAGUUCACAUUCAUGAAAGUGGGGACAUUGGCGACAAUUGCCUCAAUGCGAAUGCACACUGGAAUCCAUUUAACAAAAAUCAUGGUGGCUUGGAUUCAAUGGAACGGCACGAAGGCGAUCUCGGAAAUGCAAUGACAGACAUGAUGGGCGUGUUGCACAUCAACGUAACAAUAAUGAUCAAAUCUGUGGAUCCACCUUUAGAUUUCAUCGGUCUUUCGCUAGUUGUUCACGCACAAGUUGACGAUCUUGGACGCCUGCCUGAUGUAGGAAGUCGAACAACUGGCAAUUCUGGUGCGAGGUUGGCGUGUGCAGUUAUUGGGCGCACAAGUUCUUACAAGGUGAACAAAGCCAUGGGUAAAAAUACUCCGGACGUUGGACUACUAUUUGGUGGUAUUGUUUCAAUACUUUUAAAGCAAACGUUGUACCACAUUCCAUGAAUUUUGUUUGUUUAGUCAGAAAUGUUAUAAAAUGAACAUACUACCUCUCAUGCGACGUGAUUAAUGCAUCAAUCAAAGUGGAAAAAUCAAGGGGUACGUUUAGGUCA